AUGGGGAACUGUAUUAGACGCGAAAAGUCAACUUGGGCUGAUGACGAGACCAGCUGGUCAUUGCAGUCAUCUCAGAUGGGUGGAGAUUAUGGUGAUGAUGAGAUUAACAUUAUGGAGAAGGAGACGAGGCAACUUUUUGGUGGGAAGACAGAUGCAAUUAAUACCAGAGAGGUGAAGAUAACAAUUUCAAAGAAGGAGCUGGAGCAGUUGGUGCACAAGGUGGAGAUGCAGGGCUUGACUCUUGAACAGCUACUCUUAGCCAGGAUGGUGAAGGGUGGAGGAGGAGGAGAUAUGUUUGAGUUUGAGCAACCUCGCUCAUGGAAGCCAGUGCUACAAAGUAUUCCGGAGGUGAACUAG